AUGUCGGAUAUCAACCAAGGCAAUCUCGUGAAAAGUAUUGUUAAUGCAGCUAAAGCACCUAACACUGAAAAUCUUAAGCAAAUUAUCGAUUCAAUACCUCCAAAUACAGGAAUAGAUUCGAAAAACAGUUCAAUUUUAAUGAUUUUAGCGGAAAACCAAUGUAUUGACGCAAGUCUUUGGUAUGUUAUGAAAUACAAUCCAGACUUCUCAUAUAAAAAUAAGAUAGGAGAGAAUUGUUUACAUGUUGCAAUUAAUAAUAAAGCUUUAGGAUUAGUCAGUAUACUAGCAAAUAACAAAUGUGUCGAAGAUUUAGAUGGAAAUGGAAGAAAUUGUAUUAUUUUAGCGAUAUUACAAAGCGAUUGGACGAUGUUGCAAAUGGUAAUCGCUCAUGAAGUGCCAAUAGACGUUCCAGAUAAAUAUGGACUUACAGCAAUUGCCUAUGCAAUCUUAAAACAAGAUAUAAACAUCAUAAAAAGGAUUUUAUCACUACAAAUUUCAUAUAAUAUAGAAAUCACGAUUUCAGAAGUCCCACCAGAAUUUUCAAGCGUACUAAUAUUUGACAAAUUACCCGUCCGUACUACUUACUUGCAUUUAGCUGUUUAUACAGGAAAUAUCGAUGUUUUAAUACAAAUUGUCAAGAUUUGCGAUGAUCUUAAGGCUACAGACUGGUCUGGAAGAACAGCUCUUGAAUUGGCAGCUGAUUUAUAUCAAUCUGACUUUGUUUACAUUUUAUCUUCAUUAGGACUUCCAAAUCCAUUAUUUGAAGCCAUCAAAAUGGACAAUUACGAGAAUUUUGCCAAGUACUUGGACAGAUACUCCAACAGCAUUGACGAAAAAGGAAGAACUCCCUUGCAUCAAGCAGUUAUUCACAACAGACCGAAAAUGAUCUCAUUUUUGUCGAGCAGAUACAAACUGAUACCGGAUUUCGAAGGGAAACUUCCUUACGAUUAUUCUGAUAAGAAUUAUCUGCAAAACAUAAAAAAUCUUCCAAUUGGACCAAUUCUUUUCGGUUCUUACCAAUACGCUGAUAUUCCUUACUUGUAUACAACAAGAUUUACCUAUUUCGUGAAGAUAGAUAUUCAAAUUCUCGGUUGUCUCCAUAAUUUAUUAAGAAAUUUCAUCCAAUCGCAAAACCAACAGCUCCAUGCUGUACAAUUGGCCUCUCUGAUUGUUCAGAACAUAGAAAUGAUCAAUCUUGAGCUGAAUAAACUCGAAAAUAAUCCUGAUCUUUCUCAAUUUGAAAAAGUGAUCAAUAGGAUUGUGAAAUCCAAUGAAAUGGAAGCUUUCCAUAAAAGUAUUGGUGAACUCCCCAUCAUUGUUCAAAAACUCCAUGAUUUGGAUGCAUUAAAUUUCGUAAUUGGGAAUUCCGUUAUUAUUUCAUGGAUCAAAAACAUCUGUGUCCUAUUUAAUGUAGCAACAGUUACUUUUGGUCAUCAACUCUACUCAAUUACUGCAAAUCUCCAAAGAUAUCUUCCAAAUCAGAACCAAAUUGAUGAUAUUUUCAACUCCUUAGCCAGUAAAGGAAGACAAGAACCAGUAGCAACCAGGAAACCCUACGUAAUGUUCAGAGUUACCAUUACAGAAUCGAAAGAAUUCGACAGAAACUCUUUUGAAUGGGAUCCUUUCCUUAGAGAACGAAUCAUGUCAUUGUUUAUGGGUCCUAAUGAGGUAAAUAGCAUGCUUCCACCUGUUUUCCGCUUUGUUUCCAAUGGUGUUUGUUCAAUUAUUAUUUGUGAAGGGAGAUUAAUCUUUAUUUCCGCGAAUUCCACGAUAAAGAUACCUUUGUUCGGUAUCUAUUUGUAUCAGACAGUGGAAGAAGCAUCGAAGAACGAAGUUCAACUUGUUUUCCACGCAGGAAUGAUGAAAUUGAAAUUUGACGCGCAAAAUUCGAUGAAAGCUUUUUCGGAUUUGAUUUUGACUUUAACUAAAAAGUACACGAUCCCUGAGUUGUUCUUCUCAAAGGAAGAAAGCAGAACAAGGCCUGUGAUCUUUGUUUAUUCAUAUAUACAUAAAGAAUCACAAGCUCCAUCGAUUGUUUUGUCUGUUGACAAAAUUAGCAAAAAUUACAACUCUUACGAUGUUUAUCGCGAGUUUGAAAAGAGUUUGGGAAUGAUUGUGUCUGGUUCAUUAAGAUGCCAUCCAUUCCAAUUCCCUAGAAGUGCUUGUUCCCCUUCAUUUACUGAAAUUGUUUAA